AUGAUCUGGAAACGAUGCCUACAUCAACUAGGUUAUUACCAGCCGAAUAUAAAUAACAAAAGGCUUAUUCUUUCCGUUCUUAACUCUACUGCAACUAAAAGAGAAGCUAAGGACUACUUAAAGAAGUAUGCAAAUAACGGAGUACCAAAUCAUUGCUUGAUUUUGAUAAGGAACAUAGCAUCACAUGAGCUGAUUACACUCAAUCGUUUUAUGCAAAUCGUCACUCGACUAAAAAUGCUGGGAAUCAAACCGAUGUUCGUCAUGCAUCCAAAUGAAGACGUCGAAAGGCAAACUGAUUUUCUCGAUAACCUCUUUACGAAAUCCCAAAUCCCAUCCAUUUGUAUUCCCGAUGCAUUGAUCAAGAAGACGAAUGGAACUUACGAAUCUCCUGUGCAUUAUAGAAAGCUCGAUGGCAUAAUACCCAUCAUUAAGCCGUACAUAUUCGAUGAAAGUACAUGUACUCAUCUACCAAAAACGGAACCGUCCACGUUCAUGGGCUUGUUGGUUAAGCAUUUAGACUGUCAUGUUGACAAGUUCUUUCUCUUGAAUCAUUCUGGGGGUAUUCCCUCUGGCGAAAGGAAUGAAAAUGCGCAUGUAUUUAUCAACCUCUCCCAAGAGUAUGGAUCUCUAUCUAAAUCGCUGUCAACCAAAAUCGAUCUUAUGGCAAAGGAGAUAAACGAUAAUAGUGCGAAUCUGUACGAUCAAAUGAAAAUCGUAUUUCAUAAACAGGAACUUCAAAGGAAUCAUAAACAAUACCAUGAUCACUUAGAAGACCUGGAGAUAAUGAACUCUGUGCUCUCUGUACUUUCUCUAUCAUCUACAGGUCUGAUUACAACCCUAGCUACCGCAUCUAAGCUUGCUAAAAACCCCGUACUGUAUAAUGUGCUCACCGAUCGAUCCAUGAUAUCGUCAUCGCUGCCAAGAUUUAAAAGGGUAGCGAACUCUGAUGUUUCGUGGUAUGAACUAGCAAUUGACAAAAGGCUACCAGAAGAUUCCCCAGACGGUCCUUUAGUGACAACAGUUUUGAAAAAAGGUGUGGAUAUCAAAGUCUUUGACUACAGAGUUCUCACAAAUGAAAACUCCAUUGGACUGCCGAUAGGAUUUGACAAUCAAGAAAUCAGCAUGCAAAAAUCGUGCGAAAGAGUCAACCUGGAAAAGUUAAAGGCAAUUAUUGAUCAGAGCUUCAAUCGCAAACUUGAUCUAGUACAUUAUCUCAACCGCAUUAAUGGACGUAUUGCAUCUAUCAUUGUCAUCGGAGAUUAUGAAGGUCUCGCCAUUCUUACCUACGAAGGACCGACUGAUGCACAGUUUCCUUACCUGGAUAAAUUUGCUGUUAUGCCGCAUCUCAAAGGCUCUCUUGGAAUCUCAGAUAUCAUAUUCAAUUUGAUGUUUAAAAAAUUCCCUCAUGAAUUGGUAUGGAGGAGUCGAAGAGACAACGUUGUGAACAAAUGGUACUUUCAAAGGAGUGUAGGAGUCAUUGACCUUUCAAUGGAUAUAGGGGAGGGAAAUAGAAAACCUAGUAUUUUUAAGCUGUUUUUCCAUGGAGAUCCUCACGAUGGAUCAGGGUUUGAUAACGUCAAGCGACUUAAAGAGUACGCAGCGUAUGUCAGAGACAUAGAGCCAAGUUGGGAAACAUGA